UGCUUCUUUUCUCCUCCAUCGCCGCUCCAUCUCUUCUUUUUCCUGCAUAUUCCACCUGAUCUCCAUGAAUCUUUGAGCACGCCCUACCUGGCAAGCCUGAGUCCUAACUGCUGCUGCUACUACUCAAGAUAAACCAACCGACCGACUUGUUAUUCGCUUUGUUCGCCCCAUAUUGUGCCGUACCGUUACAAGGCAUUCCCUAACCCAAACUUUCCCUUUGUAUUGAAUUGCUUGUCCACCUUCUCCACUAUCCCUGGCCCCCCUGGCGCCCCUGCCGCCAGAGUUGUAGGGUCAGUGCAUGCCUGACGAAUACCUGCCUUAACUGCGUGGGUAUCAAAAUCCCCAGGAAACCCUGAUGUUCAGCCAACAACCGAGCCCAGCGACCUCAUCGCCGCCCCUGUUGUCGCCAGGCACAUCUCUUCCAUCGGUCUCACCCGCCAACGCUCAGGCUCAGCCUCCUCGCACAAACAUCGCCACAUCCACAUCCACAUCCACCACAUUCACAUCCCCAUCCAUUGCUACUGCUGCCGCUGCUGUCACGGUGGCCGGCAGCUCAGGUCACAGAAGCAGCCGUUUGCGAGGUCUUUCCUACCUAAAGAAUUAUACUCAGAACCACCUCCUGAACAGGGAUUUGCACAAAGAGUCAAACAGCAACCCUGCCAGUCCGGGUAACCCCGAUUCGCCCCCGCCGCAGUCGUCCACCUUCAAUCCGCAAACGAUUCCUGCCCAGAUAAAAGCCAGCCGCCCGGUAAGCCGACUUUUUAGAUCAGUCAGCUACUCACCAACAUCCUCACCGACGCCGACUACUGCUGCGAUUAGCGUCUUGAGUGCUGCAGCCGCAGCAUCCGCGAGCACAUCUCCUGUAACUACGCCGCCACCGAUCUCGCCGACUCGACAUAAUCGCUUCUCGCUAGGGCCCGCAUCCGCGUCGCUGUUUCUAUCCCCUGAGACGUUUGAUAACACAUUUGAUACCACUCGUCGGAGCCCCUCUCCUUUCCUGUCUUCGACUCCUCCCGUCAACUCAUCACAGUUAGAAUUUGCAUCUUCAGCGUCAACAAAACCAGGGCCUGAAUCCGAGGCGUUGGCGACAGGUUCUUCGUCGACAAAAAACUCUGUGCUUCCUCGACUGCGACCUUCGAACCUACCAUCACCCCACACGACCUGCCCUGGGACCGACGCUGAGCCAGCGGCGCUAGAUCUGGACGACGUCAACACCGCCGCAGGCACAAUGACGAGAAUGCGUGCGGCCACGGCCUCGGACGCGACCGUGCUGGCUCAGAAUGGAGGCUCCAGCACGGACGUGAUGCCAUCAAUUCGAUUCACUACAUUUUGCGAUCCUAGAGCGACGCGCCCAUCUCUCACAUUUACUCCCGUGUCGCGGACGCUACCUACGGGCACUGAAAUCAUACGCGUUGGUCGAUAUUCGGAGCGUGAUGUGCCGCCAAAUGUUCCAAUAAACGUGCCCUCGGCGGCUCCCGUAGGCUUCAAGAGUAAAGUUGUGAGCAGGAGGCAUUGUGAAUUCUGGAAUGAGGACGGGAAGUGGUACAUCAAGGAUGUUAAAAGCUCCUCGGGCACCUUCCUCAACCACAUACGGUUGAGCCCUCCUGGCACCGAGUCCAAGCCUUUCCCAGUCAACGAUGGGGACAUUGUGCAACUUGGUAUAGACUUUAAAGGCGGCGAAGAAAUGAUAUUUCGCUGCGUCAAAAUGCGACUUGAGCUCAACCGCGGUUGGCAAAACAAGCUGAACGCUUUUAAUAUGACGACGCACAAGCGGCUGCGAAACAUGACCAAGUCUGACCCUAACAGCUCCAGCCAGACAUCACAGGAUUGCUCCAUAUGUCUCAACUCGAUUGCGCCGUGCCAAUGUUUGUUUGUAGCCCCAUGCUCGCACACGUGGCACUACAAAUGUAUCAAGAGUCUCCUCAUGUCUCCUCAAUAUCCGAUAUUCAUCUGCCCCAACUGCCGAGCAGCUGCCGAUCUCGAAGCCGAAGUCGAGGAUCCGGAGGAGUGGGAGCAGUUGGAUUCAGAGGAGGAGGUAAUCGACACUUCUAACACGUCCGCAUCCACGCAACCCAAGACCGACUCAUUGGCUGUCGCAUCUCAGUCUUCGGAUUCUUUGCAGGCACAACCACAAUUAUCCAGCGCUCAAGGAAUGUCGGACGUUGUUUCUCAAACGAAUGGCACGGUGUCACAAACAACACCAGGUCGCAGCGGCACGCUAUUACACGCCACGUCAAUGCCGAUGGCGAUCCCACGUGCUUCCUCAGACGUGACUCGAAGACCAGUCCCGUCGAGCACCAUGGAAAUGGAUAUUGAUACACCAUCCCCGAGUAGGGACCCACGGCAGACUCGCACGCCUUCGCCUGCCUCAAAUGGUCCUGCAGCGCUUGGUGCUACCGAGGGGCCCAUCACACCGAGAAACGACGCUGGUCCGUGGGUUUUUGAUGGCGGGGUGAUAUCGAGACUAGGGGCAUCGACAACCUUGGCGUCCCCAGCGGUGGUAGAAGGUUCAAUGACGCCUCACAACGCGGGUGGGGCGCAGGUUACCAGCAUAGACGACAUAGCGAGGGCUUAGGCAGCUCAAAGCUCUGCCUAGCAGGCAACAGCGUGGACUUGGCUUUCACCGAGAUUGGUCCCCCUCCCGUUCAUCCGCCGGCCGCGGGUAGGCCACGCCACAAGAGAAUCAGCUAUCAGCCGCGAGGCGAGCCCUUCUCAAUCACCUAGGCGUGAAGAUGUGACAAGCUCCCUGACGGCCGAAAAUGCAGAGUUUCGGAGUACACGGGACUACCGAGGCACUUGACGCAAUCGACGGUAGACUUGACAGGGAGGGGACUUGAAGUAUUCGACUUCGUGCAUAUAACAAUUAUAAUAUCACCUGAGUACAGCCCACUCACGGGCCCCUGGUGGCCUUGGAUCCGGUUUUGACAGCCUGCAAUCAGAUGUAAUCGGCUCGUGAGAUUGGGGAGCGUGGGAUGGGGUACCAGGACACGGUUAGGCGUUAACGGGUUGGUCUAUACUAUUUUUUCUUCUUCUUUGUUUCUUCUUGCAUGCAUUGGUAUUUUAUUUCAAGUUGUUUAUUAUUGUUUAUACAUUUGCAAAAUGUCCGUGGUACGGGCUCCGCACGGAUAUAAGCUGUGGGUGUUAUUCUGGGCGCACGUUUGAAGGUGGGAGUACUACUAUCUCAAUAUUUUUGUUUAGCGUCAGAUGAUAGACCGUUUCUUCGAGACGUUACAGUUCCAACACACAUACACAUACACACACACACACACACACACACACAUAUGCUAUUUGCGGGGUUGUUCUUCUCUCUCUAUGCUACUUCUCUCGAAACUUUCGGAAGGAAGUGUAUUUAACUUUUGACUAGAAAGAUGAGCUGAGGCCAAGGCGGCUAAACCGAGUUUACAUAUACUUAGGUAAAGUUUUAGGAAAGAUUUUAGAUCGGUGCGAAGUAGUUACCCGAAGGUAGUAGUUGUGGGUAUAGAUAGAUGUUGAGGGGCAAAGGUAAAAUCACCAAGUGGAAACGACCACCUCUUAAUCAGCAUCUGAGCCCAGAGAACCAAAUCCGGGGGGAAAGUUUGGGAAAACGCAAAGGCUAAAUCCCAUCGAACUCGCUAACAUAAGAUGUUG